GCGGGCGUCCUCCUCGCUACAAGUGGUAUUUUCCUUACCACGGGCACUCCUGUGCCAUACUUUGACUAUACAUCAUCAGCUCCAUAUUGUCUGCUUUAUGUAUCGCUCAUGCUCGCCAUGAUUGCGAUGUUGAUAUCCGGCCUGAGCAUGUUACGCUGGAUCCAUGCCGAGCGGCAGUGGACUCAAAAACAACUCAAGCUAGGCGACUACUUCGUUGUGUGCUACCUGUUGUCAAUAGUCACCCCUAUUGUCUUGGUCGCCUGGUCCCUGCAUUGUUUCAUAUUCGCGAUCUUGAUAGCAGGCUUUUACUCCCAAAGCACAGUCUGCCGCGCCGUCACUGCGCUCUGGCUGGUCACAUACAUUGCUAACUUUGGGACGAUAUUGAUGGAAUUUAUGUUGAAGUACUAUGCGACAGGCUUCGAAUCACGCUAGUUAUCGACAGUAGUUUCCGCUUUAUUCCUUCCUAG